AUGACUGGAUACGAGCAUGUCGAAAUAGGAGGCAUCGGGUUUCGAUACAUCAAGCCAUAUGAAUACGUUUAUACAACAUACUGCAAAGAAAGGUGACAAAACAAACCAAUAUUAGACAUUUUUACAAAAGAUUUCAAAGCCUUUGACGAGCAAUAUUAUUUCAAUGCAAUUGUGAAUGGUUCAAUAUUAGUCAAUGGCCUUACAGUUGAGCAUAAUUACAUAGUCAAGAACGGGGAUUGUAUUACUCAUAAGACAAUUCGGCGAGAGCCUCUUGUACUUGAUAUUCCAAUUGCAAUCUGUGCUGAUCUCCCCAAUAUUUUAGUUGUAAAUAAACCACCUUCAAUCCCUUGCCAUCCUACUGGAAUGUACAAUAAAAAUACACUUGUCUCGAUACUUGAGAAUGAUUUUGGCUAUAAAAAUCUAAAUUUAAUACACCGGCUUGACCGAGUGACUUCAGGAACUGUAAUAAUGGCAAAAAAUGCUCAAAUGGCAAAAAAUUUAACUAAUUUAUUAAAAACUCACACAACAGAAAAAUGAUAUGUGGCAAGAGUAAAAGGAAAUUUCCCUUAUAGUGAAACAGAAGUAGAUGCUGGAAUCUCAUGUAAAAGCCAUAAAGAAGGGAUUUAUCAAGUGGAUGAGACAGGAAAAGCAAGCCGCACAUAUUUUAAGAAGAAAGGAUUUGAUCCUGCCUCAAAUCAAACUGUUGUAUACUGUAGACCAUUUACUGGAAGAACGCAUCAAAUAAGGGUACAUUUGAUGCAUUUAGGAUACCCUAUUGCUAAUGAUGUUUGCUAUGGAGGAGAGGCUAUAAAUCAAGCGAAUGCCGAGUGGGUGCAAAAUGAUCAGUUAAAUGAUGAGUUUCAAGGAUCGAAAAAGAACCAGAAACAGCUUGAAAUUUGACUGCAUGCAUUUAGAUAUAAGCUUACACAAAAUUUAGAUUUCAGAGUACCUCUGCCUCUAUGGGCGGAGAUUGAGGAUUAA